GGGAGGACCAAAGUACUUCUGCAGACUGGACAGGACUCAAGGGGGUCGAACAGCCAUGUCGAAGUUCUGCUGGGCGCCGAACUACUCCAACACUGCGGGCCGGCUGGGCGCUGACAACCGCCCUGUGAGCUUCUACAAACCAUUUGUGGACCUGCUGUACACUUCCAUGCAAGAUGGCUGCCAAGUGCCCCAGCAUCAUGGCCUACCAUUCCUGGUUAGAAGAAAAGAGAAGGAAGGAAGAACAAAAGGGGCUCCAAUUGUAACCUCUGUUAGCUCCCUUUAUAAAGCCUUCCCAGAAACCCCACCCAAUAGUGAGUUCUUCAUCAUUGGUCACCCCCAACUACAAAGGAGACUGGGAAAUGUAGUAAUUUAGCUGGGCAUUUAACCACCCUGAAGACAUUUUGAAUUGAUAGUAAGGAAGAAAAUAACUUUUUUUUUUUUGAAAAGAGGAACUUCUAGCAGUGUAUGCCACUACAUGAUCUAGAAAGAUGACCGACGAGACUACACUAUUUUAUAGAAAAGGCAGACACUGGCUGUCCACUUAAAGUAGAUUUUUAUUUUUUUUAUUUUAAUUUCUUUUUAAGAUUUUAUUUAUUUAUUUGACAGAGCAAGAGAGCACAGACAAGGGGAGCAGCAGAAGAAGGAGCAGGGAGCCCGAUGCAGGGCUCAAUUCCAGGACCCUGGGAUCAUGACCUAAGCUGAAGGCAGACACUUAACUGACUGAGCCACCCAGGCGCCCCUAAAGUAGAUUUUUAAAGAUUCCGUUAUAAAAGUGUUGCCAUCCAGAGGAACAAAGGAGAAUAAGAAAAAGACCAAGUUCCCACUGAAGGAUGGCCCCCGGCUGCGGGCCUGGCUGUGGCACAUGGGCCAUGAGGACUGGGUACCCAGCUGCCACCAGCACCUGUGCAGUGAGCAUUUCACACCUUCCUGCUUCCAGUGGCGCUGGGGUGUGCGCUACCUGCGGCCUGAUGCAGUGCCGUCCAUUUUCUCCCCACCUGCUCAGAGGCAGCAGAGUUCCCAAAGCACUGAGAAGCCAGUUGUGCCUCCCUCCACACCAGAGGCCACGCCCCUAUCCCAAGGUGCAGCUGUCUCGGCCCCUGGCUCCGGGCACUUUGUGGUACUGGGGUCAGCAUCUGGAGGCCCUGAGGCCGCGACCUCUGUGUUACUGAGCCCCCUGCCCCCUCCUCCUGCUCUUGCCGGGCCACAGCCUGGAGUCUGGGCCCAGCACUCCCUGGCCAGGCUGGGCGCUGUCCUGGGAACGCUGCAGAGGCAGGUGCGGAGACUGCAGUGGCGCCAUGAGCAGCACCAGGUGCAGCUGCAGGCUCUAGAACAGCUGGCGCAGCAGCUGUGCAAGGACGGCCUGCCAGCUAGGCCUACCAGGGCCUGCUGUGCCUGCUCCCUGGACCUGAGGAAUCCUAUCAUCUGUGGAGGGCCUGAGAUAGCUGUGGUCAUUGCCCAGAGUCCUGCACCUCCUACAUUGGAUGCCAAGCCUGAGCUCCUGCACACUGAGACUCCCAGUGCAUAAGGACCAGGACAGAUAAUGUUAUGGGACAGAUGACAGAAAACAGAGGAAGAGAGACUCCUCAUGCAUGGGCCUGCCUAGCCCCACCAUCCAUGCCUGGGCCAUUGCAGCACCUCCCUCAGGGGCCUGGCUCCAAGCACCCCCUUCUACGGACCCCUUGAACCUUGGGGCUGACCUGGGCCCAAGCCCCAUCGAUCCUUAUUCCCCUUGGUGCCAGGCCCCUGCUACCCCUAGCUUGAACCUUUGCAGUCAGUAAUAACAGUCUCAGAGCAAAACAAGGAUUUUACCUGGUUCUGAAGAGCGCCCUGUGACCCUUUGCCAAGUCUGGUGCCGAGCUGGAUAUACAGCAGUGAACACAGCCAAUAAAAUCCUGCCCUCACGGUGCUCCUAUUCUGCUUGAGUGGAAGACAAACUAGUAAACUAAUAAACAAGAUCAUUUCAGAUUGUGAUAAGCACUGUAAAGACUAAAUGAAAACUUAAUGGGGUGGGGUGGCGGAUGGGUGGAUGAAGAGGACUCUCUAUGGAGACAGCGUUUGAGCAGACACCUGGAUGAGAGGAGCUGGCGGAGAACACAUACGGGCUGGAUGCUCCAAGGAGAACAGCCGCUGCAAAUGCCCAGCAUCCAGGGUGUCAGCCGGGGGAGGGCAGUGUUGCUAUGGCAAAAACUGAAGCAAGAAAGGGAGUGUGUUGGGGGGGUGCAAUUUUAGAUACAGCAGAGAAGGUCUCACUGAAAAGGCACCAAUAGGUAAAACCCUAAACGAGGGGAGAGAGGGAACCGAGCAUCCGGGGGAGGAGUAUUCUGGGCAGAGGAACAGCCAGUGCAAAGGUCCUGCACUGAGGAGGAGCAAGGAAGCCAGUGUAGUGCAGUGGAUGUGGGGGAGAGUGAGAAGAGAGGCUGGAAAGAUGAUGGGGGAAAGUUCACCUGGGGCCUUGUGGGCUGCGAUUGAGAACAUUGGUUUUUUUUUUUUAUCUAGAAUGAGGUGAAGCAAUCAGAUGUCUCUGAGUCGAGGAGGGCCCUAAUGUGGGAUGUGUUAGGUCCCUGUGGCUGCAUUAUAGGGAGCAAGUUGUGGGGUAAGGGAGGAGGAGGGAGAACAGGCAAGAGGCUGCUGCCGUAGUCCAGGUGGGAGAGGAUGAAGGAAGGACCAGGAUGAGGGCCUGGGUGAGGGGUGACGGGGUGAGGGAUGAAAUUCUGGGAAUAUUUUGAAGAUGGAACUACUAGCCCUGACCGUUAGAGGGAUGAAGGGUGGAAGGCAAAGUCAUCCAGUCCUCUUUGGGCUGGGGUUGUGGGCAGUGCAGGCCACAGCCAGGCAGGUGUGACAACCAAACCAGGAUGAUGGAGCCAGGAAGGCCUGGCCCGGGGGCUGACUCUAGAUCCUCUUGGGGUAUAUACAGGUUCAGAGAGGGUUGGAGGGGUUCAUUGGCAGCUCUGUCCCCUAGACACUCCUACAGCCAUGCAGCAUGGUGAUUAAAAGCCCAGACUCUCCAGCCAGGCUGGAGACGUUUAAAGUCUUACCUCCAUCACCUAUUUGCUGUGUGCCCUUGGGCAAGUGGCUUAACCUCUCUGAGCGUGGUAAGUGCUAUGUGAACACUCCGUGAUGAUAACCAAGAUGACUGAUGACCAAAGAGAGGAUGAAAGGAGUCUACAAAAUCAUCCCUCUGAGACACCCCUUAUAUGCGGCGAGCAUGGAGAAGGGGUUAGGUCUGAGGCCUCAGAGAGAGAAAACACUCAUCACCACCACCACACGGAGACCCCUGCCCUAACUGGCCUGGUUUGCUGGCCUGCGGGCAGGCUCUAUCCCAGGGGUAUGAACGAAAAAGAACUGUGCCCGCUUUCCCCUCCCUCUCCUUUUGCCCUU